GCGUUGCCGCAACAUGGAGGCGCCCACGAAGAGGCGAGGAUCGUCCGGCGAGGGGAGUGGGCCGGAGUCGGCAGACGAGGAAUGGGUGGGCCCGCUCCCCACACAGGCGCUCCGCGUCAAGAAAAGGAAAGUUCUUGAUUUUGAGCAUGUGUAUUUGGAUAACUUGCCCAGUGCUUCAAUGUAUGAACGUAGCUAUAUGCACAGAGAUGUUAUAACACACAUAGUGUGCACCCGGACAGACUUCCUCAUAACUGCUAGUCAGGAUGGACAUAUCAAAUUCUGGAAGAAGAAGGAUGAUGAAGGGAUAGAGUUUGUGAAGCAUUUUCGGAGCCAUUUAGGAGUUAUUGAAUCUGUUGGAGUUAGUGCAGAAGGAGCUCUAUUCUGUUCUGCUGGUGAUGACCAAGCAAUGAAGAUUUUUGAUGUGGUCAACUUUGAUAUGAUUAACAUGCUAAAAUUAGGCUACCAUCCUGGCAAAUGUGGUUGGAUUUACUCACCUGGAGAUGCUAUAUCCACUGUUGCAUGUUCAGAAAAGGUCUCAGGAAAGAUCUUUAUAUAUGAUGCCAGAGGGACCAACCAGCCGCUCCAUGUAUUUGAAAAACUGCACAGUUGUUCUCUCAGUGAGAUCUAUCUGAAUUCUGUCUAUAAAGUUGUUGUUUCAACUGACAAAUCAGGAAUGCUGGAAUACUGGACUGGGCCACCCACUGAGUACAAAUUUCCCAAGAAUAUAGAAUGGGAAUACAAAACUGAUACCGAUCUGUAUGAAUUUGCCAAAUGUAAAUCGUAUCCAAUAGGCAUCACAUUUUCCUCCGAUGGGAAAAAAAUGGCUACUAUUGGAUCAGACCGUAAAGUACGGAUUUUCAGAUUUUUGACUGGAAAGCUCAUGAGAGUAUUUGAUGAAUCUCUGACGAUGUUUACAGAAUUGCAGCAGAUGAGACAACAGCUUCCUGACAUGGAAUUUGGACGACGCAUGGCUGUUGAACGAGAACUAGAAAAGGUUGAUGGAAUGAGGCUAACCAACAUUGUUUUUGACGAGACUGGACACUUUGUACUAUAUGGUACAAUGCUGGGUAUUAAAGUAAUAAAUAUAGAAACAAACAGGUGCGUACGAAUCCUGGGCAAACAAGAAAAUAUACGAGUAGUGCAGCUAGCUUUAUUCCAAGGUGCUGCUAAACCUGCGCAGGGUGUAAUGACAAUGGAGAUGAAAGCAUCUGACAACCCUGUGCUACAAAAUGUUCAACAGGAUCCAACUGUAUUCUGUACAGCAUUUAAAAAGAAUCGAUUUUAUAUGUUUACAAAGAGGGAGCCAGAGGAUACAAAAAGUGCUGAGUCUGAUCGAGAUGUCUUCAAUGAAAAACCCUCCAAAGAGGAAGUCAUGGCUGCCACACAAGCAGAUGGCCCUAAACGUGUUUCAGACAGUGCUGUUAUCCACACAACAAUGGGAGAUGUACAUGUGAAACUGUUCCCUGUUGAGUGUCCAAAAACGGUGGAGAAUUUCUGUGUGCACAGUAGAAAUGGAUAUUACAAUGGCCACAUAUUUCAUCGUGUUAUCAAGGGUUUCAUGAUUCAAACUGGAGAUCCAACUGGCACGGGGAUGGGAGGAGAAAGUAUUUGGGGAGGCGAAUUUGAAGAUGAAUUUCACCCGACAUUAAGGCAUGAUCGACCAUAUACACUAAGCAUGGCCAAUGCAGGUGCUAACAGUAAUGGAUCCCAGUUCUUUGUAACUGUUGUACCUACACCAUGGCUUGAUAACAAACACACAGUUUUUGGUCGUGUGACAAAAGGAAUGGAAGUGGUCCAGAGGAUUGCUAAUGUGAAGUGUAAUCCAAAAACAGAUAAGCCAUAUGAAGAUAUCAGCAUAAUCAAUAUUACUGUAAAAUAAUCAAGUAUCAUUUAAUAUUGAUAGCUUCAAUAUUGUAAAAGUAAUUUUGUAAUGUUUUCAAAAUAAAUUUUGUUACAAAAUGAAUAUUUCUGUAUUAAUGUUUAGACUGAUAUUUCUUCAAUGGGUAAUGUACUCCUCCGUUGUGUAUUAACUUCCAGCAUUAAAUGCAAAAAUUCAAAUUAAUUCAAACAAGGUAUGUUGCUUUUAUAAAGUUAAAAUAUAAAUAGAAAUAAAAAUGCCAGGCAAGCAGUUCAGCAAAAUACCUUCAUCAAUACCAGCAUGAAAACUGCAAACUUGACUUUUUCACCAUUUCUCUACCCUACCUUUUACUGCCUCAGAUGUUUUUCUAGCAAAACGGUUGAUGGAAGCACUGAAAUUAUUCUAGCAUGUUUUCACCAGAAUAAAUAAUAAACAAAAUAAAUGAUAAAGCAAUAUCAAUUACAGUUAAACAAGCUAUUAGUUACUGGAAUUCUCUAUUGUGAAUAUGUUAAGGUGAUUAAUACAGAAUUAAAGGAAAACCUGGUUAAUGCUGGAAAUCUGAAAGAAAAGCAUAAAAUGCUGGAAAAACCUAUCAGAUCAGACAGCAGCUGUAGUAGAAAAAGUUAGGAAAGAGUGAAAACAGGUUUAUUUUUCAUGAGGUUGGACUGAAUAAAACAAAUGGAAUAUUGCUGAUUGAAUGAGACCAAAUCCUUAAAAACAACUGGUGGUUUUGGAGUGCAGUAAUAGGUGAGGGGUAAGUGUAUUUUUCAUUUAAAGAAUAGCCUACACUUUUGUAGUCAAAACUGAAACCUUUUUUCCGGUUAAACUUAUAGGCUGGAUGAUUUUAACUGCAGCAUGUAGUAAUACACAAAAUAUCUUAAGAGGAUGCACUUUUCUAGUUGAGGGCAAUUAAUUUCAGCCAACUGGUCUAGUGCUGUUUGAGUGCAUAGGAGGCCAGGCCAAGAUGGCAUUGUGAGUGUUUUUUUUAAAACAUAAUUCAGCAGCCUCCGAGUGUUGCAGACAGCGAUGGGGCUUUGGUGAAUAGCAACAGGUGGGUGUUUCUCCCUUUCUUGAUUUAGUGACCCUAAUUACUGUAAAGCUGGGCAAUUAUAAUUGAUUACAGUCAAUCAUGCUUAGAAUGGAAUAAAUCCUCUACUCGAAUUAGUUACUACUGGCAAUUUAAAUUAGCAAGGUAAUCCACAGCAGAAGAACUCAGCCCUAUUUUGUGGGGAACCUAGGAAACAGGACACUGCAGCUCUUGUAUGACAGAAUCGAACAGAUGGGCAUCUACAAUGCUGAGGAUUCUAAGUACCAUUUAAUGAGUAGGCCACCAGUAAGGGGUUGCACACUAGGUAGAGCAAACUAGUCAGUAAACUCAAAGACCUGGGACUCAAAACCCUUCUGUGCAGUUCCAUCCUGGAUUUCCUCACUUGUACAUCUGUCAGUUCAGAUAAAGAAAAUCUCUCCACAAUCUCCAUCAGCUCAGGAGCACCUUAGGGACGUGUGUUUAGCCCCCUGUUCUAUUUGCUUUACACCAGUGACUGUGUGGCUAAAUACAGUUCCAACACCAUAUACAAGUUUGCUGAUGAUACCACUGUUCUGGGCUGUAUCAAAAGUGAUGAAUCAGCUUACAGGAGGGAGACUGAAAAUGUGGUUGAGUGGUGUAAUAACAACCUCACUUGAUGUCAACAAGACCAAGGAAUUGACUAUGGACUUCAGGAGAGGGGAACCAGAGGUCCUUGAUCCUGUCUUCAUCAGAGGACCUGUCCUGGACCCAUCAUAUAAUAGGAUUGUAAAGAAAGCACGAUAGCACCUCUACUUCCCAUGAGUCUGCAGAGAUUUGGCAUGUUGUAAAAAAACCUUGGCAACACUCUGUAGAUGUGUGGUGGAAUGUAUGUUGAAAGGCUGCAUUAUGACCUGGUGUGGGAAUACCAAUACCUUUUGAGCAGAAAAUACUACAGAAGGUAGUGGACUCAGCCCAGUGCAACAGGAGGGUAAAACCCUCCCAACCAUUGAGCACAUCUACAUGAAAUGUUGUAGAAAAGUAGUAUCUAUCAUCAAAGAUCCUCACCAUCUAGGCCACACUCUUGCUGCUGCCAUCAGGUAGAAAGUACAAGUGCCUCAGGACUCACACCACCAGGUUCAAGAACAGAUACUACCCCUCAACCACCAGGCUCUUGAACAAAAGGAUAUAACUCCACUCAUUCUGCUUCUGGUGUUCCCACAACCAAUGAUCUCACUUUAAGGACUCUUGUUAUUUCACACUCAUUAUUUAUUAUUCAGUUUGUUAUUCAUUGAUCCCACUUACUGUUAUAUCGAUUUACUCUAUGCUCACAGAAAAAGAAUCUCAGGGUUAUAUGUGGUGAUGUGUAUGUACUCUGAUAAUAAAUGGAACUUUGAUCUAGUCUUAGGCCUCCACCUAUCAUAAAGAAGCGGAACUGUGGCAUGGUCACAUCAGCAGUUAAUAAAAAGAUGGUUUGACUUUCCUUUUUCUUGAGUAUCUGUUAGUGACACUGUCCUAUAGUUAACUAGGGUUUCAUGAUAUGCAAUUUGGUUUUCAGCAAUAGAAUAUUUUGACUUUAGAAGCACUUAUUUAGGUUGUACUUAAAUCUCCUAGCACAGAGUAAUUGAAGCUUAGACUUCAUACUUAUUGUGUAAGCCAGCCCAUUAUUCAGUAAUGACAAACGUCGUGUCUUCACUUCAGAAUUGCCUGAAAGCGCUCCAGUCAUCAUUCUCCUUGUUUUGAGUUUCUGGUGCAGUGCUGACUAGAAACUGUAAAUCUCACAACUCAAGGGUUGCACAGCUGUGUUUGAUUUAACCACAUGAGAAAGAGAUUAUCUGCACCUAUGCCAGCCAAGUAAAAUACAAGUGAGAAACAAUGUCUUGUUCCAAAAACUUUAGUAACUUUUUAAUUUGGCUUUGGCAAACUGUGUUUAGUCAAUGCAAAAUUAAAAUAUCCAUGCUGUACAUGUUUAAAAAGAUUAGGGAUUGCAAUUUAUUAAAAAAUUCUCCAUUUAAAGUUGCCAACUGGCUGCAAACACACAGUCAGUAAUGUGAUUA